CGGGGCGGGGCAUGUUGUUGUUGUUGGCCGAACGCGAGCGGAGCACCGAGUGCUUCGAUAGCGCGAGUGUGCUGUAGCGGUACGGCGAUGGCCGCUCUUGUGGCCUGUGAGUGAGACGGCCAUGGCCGCCCUGGAGGAAUCCUGGGCCGAAGUGUGCGAGCGGCACGCGCGACUGGCCGCCGGCGAGUUGGCCAAGGCCGUGGGCGGCCUCGAGGGGCGGCCGGGGUCGCGCGAGGUGGUGCGGCGCUUCGUUGACACGUUCGUAGAGGAGGCCGAGACGCAGCUGGUGGAGGCGGGCGGGGGCGGCUCUCCGAGGGCCUCCUUCCUGCGUCGCCUCUCCUUCAAAGGACUGCGGCUUUUCCAACGCAGCGAGGAGACCGCCGACACCGGACGCAACCGAAGACUGGCCAAGAUCGUGGUCGAGUGCCGCAAGGAGGGCAUCGUCAACUACGUCCUCGGCGAGCAACUUGACGGCCGCGAGCACAAGUGGGAAAAAUGCCGACUUGCCCUUGUCAAGACAGUCGGCGGAUACAUGCUCGAGUUCUACUCACCCCCAAAGAUUUUCAAAAAAUUUUCACAGGCUUCCAAGCCAAAGAGCGGAGUUUUCUGCUUCCUAAUUGCCGAGGCGCGCGAGACGAGGGCUCUGGAAAUGCCUGACCGCGAGAACACCUUCGUCCUCAGGGCGGAAAAUAACAUGGAAUACAUCAUCGAAGCGCAUGAUGCGGACGACAUGCGAUCCUGGCUGGCAACCAUCAAAUACUGCAUGCGCACCACUAGCCCAGAUGACAACAACGCUGAUGGACAAGAUGUUAGAAUCCGUGUGGAACGAGGCUCUCGUCCAGAGCCCAUCCCCUCCCACAACACGGCCGCCUCGUCUCCGGCAGGGUCGUUGGGCGCGGCUGAAAACCCCCCUGAACUACCCCCUAGGGUACCUGGUGGCCUCAGGCUGUCGAGCAACAGCAACUUUGAGCUUUGCUCCAGCCAGCAAGAACUCGAAAUGAUGGCUGAAGCAACUGCGGUUGGGACCGAACCGGACAAUGCAGUGGUGCUGCGCGAAUAUCCGUGGUUCCACGGAACUCUUGCCCGCUCGGAGGCUGCCCAACUGGUGCUCAGUGCUGGGGCCAACGGCCAUGGCGUCUUCCUUGUCAGACAAAGUGAGACAAGAAGAGGCGAAUUUGUACUCACCUUUAACUUCCAGGGCAGAGCCAAGCAUCUGCGAAUGACCUUAAGUGGUGAAGGGCAAUGUCGAGUUCAGCACCUGUGGUUUGCCUCCAUUUUUGACAUGCUGGACCACUUCCGCAUCAACCCCAUCCCCCUUGAAUCGGGUGGCGCGUCCGACGUCACGUUAGCCGACUUUGUAGUGGCCGGUAGGACGGCCGCGUCUGGUGCUGCUGGUUCUGGAGGGAGCGGCCAACGGCCAGCAGCGCCUCCGGAGCCCAGGGAGCAAGUGGUCACGCAUGGUGGAUCUGUUCGCACACGGACCGAGUCGAUGGAGCGGUUGGAACGACAGGCGGCCGGAGGCCGUGCUGUGGAAAACACGUACAGUUUUGUCUAGCGAGAAGUGAGGUUGGGAAGAAAGUACGAAAGCAUUCCAGACUGAUUGACAGUGGCCAAAGACAGGAUGCGUGUGUGCAUGUGCAUUGUGUGUAAAUCUAGUCCUCUGAUAAUAUAUUGUGUAAAUAAAACACUCACUCAUAAUUACACAUAA